AUGUUGCUUUCGGGGGUUCAGAGGGUCACUCUGCUCUCCUGUCUCGUCCUCUCCGUGGCUCUGUUUUUGCCCAAACUCUUUUCACCUGCAGGGAAGGAGAAGGUGGUUCUUCAGUCAGAGGCAGUUGGUCCUGGAAGUCUUCCUGUUCUAAGAUACGGCUGUGGUGCAUCAUCAGAAGAUGACCAGUGGAUGCCUGACUCACUUUAUCCAAGUCAGAACUCCAAGACCUUUUCCCAAAAGAAGACUUUUCAGAAACCCACACUAAUCGCUCAAGUCACUCCUGCUUAUGGCUUUGGAAUUUUCCUCUACAUCAUCUAUAUAUUCUAUAAGCUUACACAAAAUGACCCAUCUACAACACACCACUGUAGCUUCUCCAUCCCGCGACCUGAACACACAGCACAGGAGCUGCGUAAGUUUAACCGUUUACUGGGAAAUAUACUGCAAAAUGAGGAAACUGAAGAUGAGAUGGCUCAGCUACAGACCAGAUUAAAGCAGAUGGAAGUCCAGAGGGAGAGAACACCAAAAUCUGUCCAACAUCCUACAAGAUGUCGUGAGUACAGAAGUGGACGGGAGGAGAUAAAAGUCCAGAACCUGAGGAAGAUCACGCACAUGUUAGUGGAGGGACGGCUGCUGGAAGACGUCACCCCUGAGGUGGAAGCUGAGGAAACCUCAUAUUCUGCAGACUGGGAAGGUUAUCCAGAGGAGACCUUUCCUCAGUAUGAGGUGCCGCUUUACAGGCAUCGAUAUCCAAGUGUCAUCUUUGAGGAGCCAUAUGGAGAUGUUCCUACACCUGAGGAAGUGGCUGAAAGAAUGGAGAGAGAAGAAGAGGAUGAAAAGAAUGAAGAAAGGACAGAAGAAGUGAAAGAUGAGUCCAGUGAAGAUGAAGAUGAAGAAACAGAUGAUAAUGAAGGUGAUGCUGAUGAAGAAGAUUAUAACCAGGAUGAAGAGGAAGAGGAGGAAGUUGGUGAAGACCAACCUGGUCUGGCUCAAAGUUCUGCUGAUGAAGAGGAGAUGCCAAAUUCACCAGGAAAUCAGAAUGAAGGAGAAACACCCAGCAGGAGAAAACAGAUCACAUUCAGUCAUCACAGGCACGUCUUCCAUUAUCCACAAGGAGGCGCUGUUGGCUGCAGUUAUGAAGAUGAGGAGGUGGAGGAAGACGCUCCUGAAGAGGAUGAUGAUGAUGAUGAGCAGGAAGAUAAACAGAAUGAAGAUAAUGAUCUGAAGCAGAUGGAGAUGGAGAGUGAGGAGGAUGACCCGCUGAUGGAGGCUGAGCGUCUGGGCUUCAGCACUCAAUUCACAUGUGAUCCUGAAGAACAGGAAAUUGAUCUAAUUGACUUCCUUCUCACAUACAAGCCUGAAGCUUUGAUUAAUUCCAACCAAUCAGGAGUAGCCGAAGCUCCAGGGCUCAGGAUGCGCUACAAGAACCAGAAGAAGGAAAUCUGA